AUGCCGGGGCCGCAGACCGAGGCUCGUAGCUCCUCUGGGGAGGAGUCCGAGAAGGACUGCCCGACCCGAGAAGAGGCGGAGGCUGCAAAGGCGGCUGCAAAAGCCUCGCCAGGGCCGCCGGAGAGGACGGAAAUAGCCGAAGGACUGCUGCAGAGCACGGCAGCAGAAGGGCCACCUGCCCCUGCGGAGGACGAAGAGGAAAAGCAAAAGAAGGAAAAGAGGAGGGCUGCCAGAAAGGAAAAAAAAAAGGCCGCCAGAGCUCGCGAGAAGGACUACGAGAAAAAAGUCAGAGACUUGAAGGACAGGGAGCAGGCUGUGAGGAAGAGGGAGCAGGAGCUCCGCGACCGUGCACGAACCCCAAGCCAGGAGAGCUCCAGCCGCAGCGACAGCAGACGACGAUCUCGAGAUCCCCGCAAGCGGCCGGAGAGGCGAGCUGCUAGCCCCUCUCAGAGCAGCAAGGCCACUCCGAAGCCGGAGCUCCGCUUGACAGCCGCCGCCACCUGGUGCUGGUGCCCACGGGUUGGCGAACACAUGUGCCGCAAGUGGGUUCAGUCCCGAUGGGCCCUGGUUCAGCAUCUGAGAUCCAAGCACGGACUCUCAGAGGAAGCGUCCGUGCAAGAGGCUGAUGCGGCCUGGGAAAAGGAGCUCCAGCAAAUGGAGCGAUCCCGCUCUCCUCGCUCACCUCCAGAUCUGAGGAGGCCUGCUUCGCCAAAGGGGCUGCCACCACAGGAGCGGGCACGUCUGUGGACUGCACCGAGCACGGCAGCUGCACCGAUGGCAGCUCAGGCCAAAGCCUCGGCACAGGGCUCGGCACUCGAGGUGCUGUCCGUCAUGUUCCGUGUGGCGGACCGGGUCUUGGAGAGGGAGCACCCCUAA